UUUUAUUUGUUCUUUUUUAAUAAUUGAUGGGGGAGGGCAUGUGCACUUAUUAUACCUUUAGUGCUCCGUUCAAUGGGCAAUCUCAAAGUCCCAUCCACCUCUGACGAUCAACUAAUCCUCCCAUCUCCCCAAGCCAAAGCCAAAGAUGGAGUCUCAAGGCCAUGGAAGAAACGUGCUGGCCCACAUCUUCGCCGCCUCCUUCAUGGGGUUCGUGGCUGCAGCCGCUGCCCGUAACUAUCGCCAGCGGCGGAAGUCCAAGCCGAAGGUGUUGUCACCACCAAGGAACCCCAAUGUGAUUCCUCAUCUAGACAGGACCGAGUCGGGCCAUCUCGGAAGAAUCGAAAGCUUCUCCCACUAUGUCGCACGGCAGCUGGGGUUUGAAGAUGAAAGCGAGUGCCCGCAGCUGUGCAAGUUGGCCAUGGAUUACUUGAAGCGGACCAAAGGGUGCGAGGACAGCAUCUACGAGUACUUUGCGAACGAGCCUGACGCCGAGACGCUGUAUGUUAAGCUCCUCGACGAAUUCGAGAGCUACAUCCUCGGCUACUUCGCCUUUCACUGGAACCAGGCCUCCGAGAUGAUCAACCAGGUACUAUCUACGGAAUCGGAGCAAAAAACAAAGCUCAAGAGCUUUGUCUUGGCCGCGACAAGGAAGCAGAGGUUCGAACGGGUGACAAAGAACCUGAAGGUGACUAGGGUGUUCUCAACAUUGGUGGAGGAGAUGAAGGCGAUCGGUUCGUUCAACAAGCUAGAGGGCUCAGAGUGUACAGAAGUGAUGGCACCGGUGGCCCAUAACAAGCGGAGUCCCGUGCUCCUACUGAUGGGCGGCGGCAUGGGUGCUGGCAAGAGCACUGUCCUUAAGGACAUCCUCAAACAGCCAUUCUGGGCAGAAGCAGCUGCAAAUGCGGUGGUUGUGGAGGCCGAUGCUUUCAAAGAGACCGAUGUCAUAUACAAAGCCCUCAAUUCCAGAGGCCGCCAUGAUGACAUGCUCUCGACCGCCGAAUUGGUGCACCAAAAUUCUACGUCUGCGGCAUCUUCCCUAUUGGUGACAGCGCUGAAUGAGGGGCGGGACGUGAUACUGGACGGUACUCUGUCAUGGGAGCCAUACGUGGAGCAGACAAUCGCGAUGGCCCGUGAUGUUCACCGGUGCCGGUACAGAAUGGGUGUAGGCUACAAGGUGGCCGAGGACGGCACCGUGACUGAGAAUUACUGGGAGCAGUUCUUAUCCGAAGAGGAAGGCGAAGGCAAUCAAGAAAAUGGCACUAGGGCCGACAGAAAGCCAUACAGGAUUGAAAUGGUUGGUGUGGUUUGCGAUGCUUACUUAGCUGUCGUCCGGGGCAUCAGGAGAGCAGUUAUAGUAGGGAGGGCAGUGAGAGUGAACUCGCAGCUGACGUCCCACAAAAGAUUUGCGAAUGCUUUCCGGAAAUACUGCCAUCUUGUGGACAAUGCCCGGCUAUAUUGCACCAAUGCAGUCGGUGGCCCGCCUACGUUAAUAGCAUGGAAAGAGGGUGAGAACAAGCUGCUGGUGGAUCCAGAAGAGAUCAAGUGUUUGAACACGGUGGGCUGCCUGAACCCGGCUGCAGAGUCUAUCUACGAGCUCUACCAGGAUCCAAGCCCAAUCUUCGAGCCUGGUUCCAUCUGGAAAGAUAUCCACCUCGCCCCUACGAGGCCCGCACGCCAAGUCGAACUCAAGUCCACCAUCAAGAAAAUUGAAGAGCAUAACAAAACCAAUGAUAAAUAAAGGCCACCAUUGUGAACAACUGUUAAUGAUCAUUGCGGUUUGUUUCCUCGGUUUGCUGAAGCUCAAGUUGUUGCCAAUGAAUUGAUUUUUCAGAACAGACGUUUCUGUAUAUUUUGGUAUAUGCGCACCAAAUUCCCCAUCAUUAAGUUUGCU